GCCGAAUGUUUACAUCCAGCAGUUGUGUUUCUGACUGGUUCCCCCCGUCCCCCCCACCUCCACCCCCCCAACAACAAAAGGCUGAAGACAAGGAAAAGCGCUAAGACAGAGAAUAUCAACCGGCCUUCCCACAAGUCAGGAUGGGUGGAGCUGUGAGUGCCGGUGAGGACAACGAUGACUUGAUCGACAACCUGAAGGAGGCUUACUACAUCCGCUCCGACCUGGUGGAGCGAGCUUUUCGAGCCAUCGACCGGGCUGACUAUUACCUGGAUGAAUACCGGGAUAACGCUUACAAGGACUUAGCAUGGCGGCAUGGAAACAUCCACCUGUCUGCGCCGUGUAUCUACUCUGAGGUGAUGGAGGCUCUGGAUCUCCACCCCGGCCUCUCCUUCCUCAACCUCGGCAGUGGGACCGGCUACCUCAGCACUAUGGUCGGCCUCAUACUGGGACCAUUUGGAGUGAAUCAUGGCAUAGAGCUACACGCAGAUGUGAUCGAGUACGCCUACCAAAAGCUUGACUCCUUCAUCAAAACCAGCGACAGCUUCGACAAAUUUGAGUUCUGUGAGCCAUCCUUUGUUGUGGGUAACUGCCUGGAGAUUCCUCCAGAAAGCCGUCACUAUGACCGGGUGUACUGUGGGGCCGGGGUGCAGAAGGAGCACGAGGAUUACAUGAAGAACCUGCUCAAGGUGGGGGGCAUCCUGGUGAUGCCUCUUGAGGAAAAGCUGACCAAGAUCACCCGCACAGGGGCGAACAGCUGGGAGACCAAGAAGAUCAUCUCUGUGUCCUUUGCUCCUCUGGUGCUGCCUAAACACAGCACAAAUGGCAAACCCAAGACUGUCCCACUACCUAAGUAUGAGGUACGGACGUUACAGGAGCUGGCUCGUAUCUGCAUCCGCCACACCCUCAGAGUGACCACGGAUGGAGGAGACAGCCAGUCACGUGGCCGAGGUUCUUCUUUCAGUGUGGGUAGGGGUCUGGCAGUGGCCGGGCUCCAUAAGUACGGCCCUCGCUUCAAACGCCGGCGCGUCCACCGGCGCCACUGCAACGCCCUCGUUCUCGCCACCCAUCAGGUGGUGGCCAGCAGCGGCAUCGGCUCUGCUUCUCUGGACAGCAACAACAACCAGGGGGGAAGAGCGGUGGACGAGGAGGAGGCAGGAGAGAGGGAAGCGAGGCGGCAGAUGAGAGGGAACAGGAGGACGGGGAGAGGAGCAGGAGGGGUGGUGGAGGAGGAGGAGACGGUGGAGGAAGAGGACGAAGAGGAGGAGCAGGAGGAGGAGGAGGAGAAGGAGACCGGGGAGCUGCUCCGACCCCAGCCGGCCGUGAACAUCCUGAGGGAGAGGAUACUGGGCCUGCCGCUGCCCGAGCCUCUGAAGAUGUACCUGCUCUUCUACAGGGAGAAAUGAGCCUGCUGCAGCCACAGUUCCUGAGUCAGAGCCCAGAGCUGAAAGCAACAACCCAGCAGGGGCUGAGGCCUCUGUGUACAACCCCACCACCACCUGUACAAGGCAGGACAACACCCCACCUCCCUUACUGACCCCCAACUCCACCAUUGGUCUCUUUCUCUCUCUCACCUGUCCUCAUCCCCUCCAUCAUCCAUUCUCUUUCCUGCUCUCUCUUUUUCUCUGCCUCCCACUGUUUUUACUUGUUUCCUGACGCUGUAAAGGGUCAGUUCGGUUUGGCCAGUGGAGGGAGGAGGGAGAGUUACUCCGCUCUGGGAACAGAAACAAUUCACGCCAAUGUUUCAAACAACCAAACAGCCACUGAUGUAAACUGUGUGUCUCCUAUGAGGUGCAAAGAAAUAGAAAUUGGGACAUGAUACAUACACAGCUUAUUAAUCUGCUCUAAAGCUCUGCAGCUCUGUCCAACUAAUUUACUUACUGAGCAUUGCAUAACAACAGCUUAACAGCCCGCAGUUGCCUGAGUAUCAACAGCUUAUAAAAGGCAACUUAGCAGUGCUGAGAGGGAGCUCGAUCAUUGUUUGGUCUACAGUAGUGGACUAGACGUUGCAACAGAGUUAAAACACUGUAGCAGCAAACAGAGCGGCUUACUCAGAGACCAGAAGGCACAGGGGCUUUACCAGCUCUGUUCUACCCACUAAUUACAGCUGUGCCCCCAGUUAGAGAGCAUAGGGUGGUUGUACAAGUCACUGGUUUAUUCUCAGAAGGUGGUGUGUGUGUGUGUGUGUGUGUGUGUGUGUAAUAUCAUCUAAAGUGGAUGGUGUGAUUUUUGAAGGGAAGACAGAGAGUUGGCUCAGGCUCCACGUUAGAGUGUAGAAAAUGAUUCGUUCAAAGAUCCAGUGAUGUGAGAUUUAUUUAUUUAUUUUACAUCAUAUUUGAUGAUAUUGUAGCGACAGCUAGUGACUGAGAUGGCGUGGCAGUCGUGAUUAUUUCCACUGAUUUCCAAACAAAAAGGGGGAGCUUUGCCUUAAGCCCUCGGUGUCCAUUAGAUAAUUUCACUUGAAUUAUCUGCUUUUCUAAGGCCAUGACUCGGUCCUCGUUUCAGGCAUUUUGGGAGACUGGUUGAUUUAAUGGAAGGUUGAGUUUUCCCUUUUUCUAUGCAUAUGUUUCAUUGUAUGAGUUAGCAUCUGUCUUUGUCUCCUGACUUUGUCGCAUGGAGAUGAAACCGACUGAAAUCCUUACGUGCAUCCAAAGGGCAGUCUCACCAUUUUUCUCUACAUCCCAUUGUAUUCUCUAAACCAAAAGAGAAUGACCAUAAAAAGAUUUCAUACUUACUAAUAUUCCAGUUUACGUAUCAGUAAAUAAACCAGCAUGACUAAGAACACAUAACUGUUUUUGAUGAUUGACCGUGUGCAGGUUUUCUCUCACCAUACUCUCACGUUUUUGGUUUUUUUUUGUCUUGUAAUAUCUUGAUUUUUGAAUUUUAUGAGACUUGAAGUGGUGUGUACAUAUGAAAGUGUUGUAUGUUUAGUUUUGUGAAUCAUAAAAACACGCAGAUACUUUGAUAAGUAGUAGAAGUAUCUUUUAAUACAUUUUUCUCCUGUGGUUUCUGGUUUGAUGGGGCAUUAUUCCUUUGUAUAUUCCUUUUGCUUUUGUACCAAACUUUCUGCUCCCUUCUGUGCCAAACUUCAGUUGCAUGGACUAUAUUCUCGAGGGAACAGCAGAUCAACAGCAAGUCGCUCAUCUGAAGAAAAAAAGCUGACAGUUUGUUGUUGGCACUACCACUGAAACAACACUUGUUUCUGUAAUCGUUUUCAUCAUUAAGGCCUUAGACUUCUCCCAUUUGAAAGUUUGUAUCUGUGUUGAUUAGCAAAGUGAUCUAAAUCAUGGAUGUGAUCACAAUAAGAAGAGGAAUUUGAAUACAUGCAGCUUAAACUGGUAAAAAUAACCAACACUGAAUGGGAGGCUUGAGUCCAAAAAGCAGGACCGUAUCAGACCAGGAGCCUCACAUCCCCUCUGACAGCUGCAGAGUGUGACCUCAUGCUUCACUGUUUGGCCGUUCUACCAUUUCCACUGCUGCUGGAUCUGCCUUUGAGCACUGUAUGUGGACCAUUCCUUUGUUCAUCAUGGGCACCGUUCAUGUUUGGUUGUUGUGCAGUUGUGAUUCUUUGCUGAAUGUACUAAAUGAUCACGAUGGUUUGAUUUUUUUUUUUUUUUUGCAAGUUUUGGUGAGAAUGACUUGUUUCUGAAAUUGAGCUGUAUUAUUGACUGCCGUUAAUAAAGUCCAUUA